AUGAGUUUGUCAUCUGUUGCGACUUCGUGCGUUGGGAUCGGAAAUUGUUUAUUUUUAUAAAUUUAUCAACAUAAUAUCAUAAUCAUAAUUAUUCAUAUUUAUGAUGAACCCGCAAAGUAAAUCGACGGCGUUGUCCGUUGAUUUAAAUAAUUUCAUUUAUGGCGUUUCAAAGAGAAACGCACAGAACGCGCCCGAGUUGACGAGGACUGGGCUAAAUUUACUCAAGAACUUCCCAGCCGCUAGAGAUGCUGUGUUGGAAUACUUCGCUAUGGUCUUCCACGAUGCCGUCACCGUUUCUAUCAGUCAGACGGAUUACGAGGCUGAUCUUGGUGCCAAUGGGGCCCUGGAGAGUGUGAGCAUCAUUGGACCGGAGUUGUGCAACUUGGGGCAGUCAUGGGCACCAUUUAUAGCUCCGUGGUGCAUCAAUCUCAUCAUGGACAUUGCUACAAAGAAGGCAAAUGUGCCAAAUACAACUCUGCAAAAUGCAGAUCCUGUUAGAAUUCUAUUGGAUAUCACCACACAAAAUUUAACUUUACUGAACUCUGAAGAGAGGGCAAAAUGUAUUGACAUGAUGUUGGGUUCCUGGGCGUGUUCAUGGGCUGUAGGAUGGGUAGGUCGUGCAGAACCAGCUCUUGUUGCGCCUCGUGCUCUUCAGUUGGGCGCGGACGCCGCUAGAGCGGUUUUGGCACACCUGGCCCAUCAUCCGCCGGCGACUCAUCACGUGCGAGUCGCAGUUUUAGAUCUCUUUCAUGAAGCGCUCAGGGAGGACAGUAAACCAGAAAAGAAGCGAGAUGUAAUACCUUACUUGCUGAACUUGGCAUCUAAAUCUGAUAUUGUUCUCAAAGCUCUCACUCAGGACAUUGAGCAGACAUUGACGGAUGAAGUAAUGGAGCGAUUGUGCGCAGUAUGUGCGUCCCAGCGUAACACCGUGAUGUGGGCCGAGGUAACUCCAGCGUCGUUGGUAGCUCUGCUACUACGAGCUGACGUGCGCUGUCUACUGCUACUACUGAGACAUGCACUCUCCAACCUCUUCUGUAGACAAUUGCUUGAAUACCUACUUCAGAAGCUAGAAUUUGAAUGUUUGUUCCCUGACAGAAACAUUCCAAUGCUAACGAGUGCUGCUGAAGAAAUCAAUAUCGUUAGAGACAAACUGCUAGACGGCAAUCAGCUGGAGAAGUAUUCUUUAGCGAGAAUACUUAUAUUAGUCAGUUACAACCUCCCCUCGGAGUUUGUGAGCACAAUCAGUUAUCUACUGCAGUAUUCCCGAGAUGACUCUACAUUAGCACUUCUUGUGAGGAUCAUCUCUGGCACCAUCACCAUGCAUGUUCCUAGUGACAGUCCGGAUAUUAGUAUGGAUACUGAAAGGUAUCAGAACUUCGUGAAGACGGGAGUGGAGUACGCUCUGAGAGACGCCAUGUUGUCUGACAAUGAGAUAAAGAUGUGCUUCCUCGACGGUUCUGUGCCAGAGGACCAGAAGACUUAUUUACACCAUUUCUGUUUGAACAUUAUCAAGUUGUUGAGAUGGGAGAAUUCAAACCGCGUCCCUCAUUUGCGGACGCGUCCGAUCGGUCGCGCGGUGGAAGCGAACUUGUAUCGUAUCGGUGGCGCCUUGCAAGAGUAUACUUCUCUAUUGAGGAUCAGAAAGGAAGGCACCAUGGCUUACUUGGAUGAAAUGCCUACAUGCCAUGCUUUGGCUGAGGUUUUGGAUCGAGUUGACAUGACAGGAACUAAAGCUCCGCCGCCGAGUGUGGAAGUUAUCCUCAAGGUGGUACAAGCUACCGUCAAAUAUUUCUUCAGGUGUCUGCAUUUAAAAGAGACGAUGGAGAAGCUCCGCGGCGUGGCGACGGCGUGUCGGCUGCUGCGCAAGCUGUGCGUGCAGAGCAAGCUGGCGCGGGCCGCGGCGCUGCGCGAGCUGCUGGAGACCGCCAUGCUCAGGGACGACGCCGCCUUCGGCUCCCGCCCGCUGCAGCCCUACCACGCGCCCUCGCAGCACGACCUGCUCAUGCACCUCAACCAGAAACAUGGUCCAAUAACCCAGCUAACUCAAAGCCACACGUCAGUAUUCCACGCGGGUAUAAUCGGGAAAGGCGUGAGGAAACCAAACGGAUCCGAUUACAACGACAUCCCGCCGAUACUGACCACGAACAAUGAACUGCUCAUGGGCGCGCUCACCUCCUGCAUGGUAAGUGAUGGUAACAGCGGCUUAGUAGAAGGAGCGACGUCCGUGUCUUUGUUACUAGUAGAGCUGGUUUCUCCAGAUGUCAUGUACAACGGUCUGCCUUGGCCCGAUGAAGAUUUUACUAAGCAAGUGAGCAUAGAGCGUGAGUUGUACAUGCGCGGCGCGCUGGAGAACUGCGCGGUGGCACGCGCGGCGCUGCGGCGGGCCGCGGCCGCGCGCCCCGCGCUUUGUCUCGCCUCCGCACUACUGCGCGCCACCGCCGCCACGCUGCUACACCGACUCAGGGCUUAUCUUGAUCGACAUACACAAUCAGCAGAGAUGGCCAAGGAACGCGCUGCACUGACUGAAUUAUUGUCUACAAUGACGCUAGGGCAGUUAUUACCGCAUCCACUCAGUCAUAUGCUCGAGCUGGCACCUGAACUUACAGCUAGUGAGAUAGUGCAAGUUCUACGUGAUUGUUUAUGGAACUACACAAGAGAUCAUGUGCCUUCCCCUGCCUUAUUUACUUGUGAUUCUACUGGUCUCCACUGGCGUGACCCUUCGACAUGCAAGCCCCCAGCUACAUAUACGGACACUUUGAGAUUGAUUAUACAGAAAAGAAUUUCGAAACUUGGACAUCUUUACCCCAUAAUGUUUUUAAAUCUCGAAAAGGAAAAUAAUUAGUUGUUAAGGAACCUGACUUUGUAAAUAUGUAAAUAUUUUUUAUGGAAAUAAAGUGCCUAAUGCUACUACAGUACAAAACAA